AUGCAUUUUGUUACCAUUUUAAAAAAAAAUUUAUAUUUUGUGGUAUAUCAUACAAAAAAGAAUUUUCUUGAUAAGAAAAAUUACCCAAGUGAGUCAGACAAAUCUAAACGAAAAAAGACACUAAAAAAGAAAACACAAACGAAUGAAGCACCUGUUGAAGAGAAUGUAAAAUGUAAAGGACUACUCAAUCCUGUUAAUACAAAUAACAAACUUCAGAAUAAAACAUGUAAAUUAACAGAACAAAAAGCAAAUGUUUUAGAUGAACAAAGUAGUAGACGACGAAGAGGUAGUAAAAAAACGAGGAAAAAAGGAAAUUUUGAUAUUGCUCCAAGAAAAAUAAUACAUGAUCCAAAGUUAAUUGGUGCCUUACCAGCUUUACCAUUGUUUUACAAAGAAAUAGUUGUACCAGUAAGAGAUAGACAUCAAUAUAAUGAUAUAACAAAAACCGUUGGUUGGGACUGUAGUGAAUUAUUUGCUAAACCAUCUAUCUUAGUUAUUGGUAGUGCUGAAGCUGGAAAAUCGUCUCUUAUCAAUUACCUACUUCGUGAAAAAAAGGGAUAUGAAUCUCAUUAUGAUGUUGUAAGAGAUUAUAAAUCAUCAUUUACAAAUAUUACUUAUGACGAAGUUCCGUCAUUAUUACGUGGUAAUGAUGCUUCUUCUACUAAAUCAUGGCAAUUUAACGAAAUAACUAAAUAUAACAAAUUAAAAAAUGAAUGUCAAAUUCAGUUACUACAAAUAAAAAAUACAUUACUUCAAGAAGUGACAAUUAUAGAUUCACCACCAGUUUCAGAUUCUAUGAUAUCAUCAAUUGACCAAGAAACAACUGGAUAUUUUCCAAUUCUUAACAAUUUAAUAAGAAAAGUUGAUUUAAUCAUCUUUGUAGCAACUUCACAAAUUUCAACUUCAUCUAUAAACAAGAUCAUUGAUACACUUAAUCCAUACAUUAGUAAGACAAUUUUUUGCCUUAACCAAUCAGAUCAAUAUAAAAAUUUUAUCAGUCUUACUAAAGAUAGAAAAAUUUUUACUGAUUAUAUUUUGGAUGCAAUUUCUAGUAAAGAACCAAAAAUUAUUUGUACUUAUUUCAAAGGAACUUUGUCUAAUUCAAGUAUAAAAGAUUAUGUUCAAAAUGAUAUGGAAACAUUAAUACAAAAAAUUAAAAAAUUACCAACUCAAUAUAAAGCAGCAAGACUUUUCUCGCUUCAUAUUCAUAUGUUGGAGUGCCUUUAUAUUGCUUACACUCAAAAUGAAUUGCGUAAAAUAGAAAAGAAAAAUAGUGGUAAAGGACUAACAGGAGAUAAUAUUAUUAUGAUAAAUAAACUUUUUAUUGAUAUACCGAAUAAUGAAAAUUUUCUAAAAGAUUUUAGUACACUUCCAGAAGAGAUUGUUGCAGUAUCUGAUACAAUUAAACCAAAGCCUAUUAGAAAUGCAGAUAUUGAUGCAUUGAAAUCAUUUCUUAUAAACGAUUACCCUUACAUUCAAACUGUUGCCAAUGAAGAACCAGAAAUUCUCUUAAAAUUUGAACUUCCAGAACCUUCUAAAUGCCAAGAACCUUCUAAAUAUCACGAAUCUCCUAAAAAAGAGAAGAAAAAAGUGUUAAAAGAAAUUAAAAUAGCACUUCCACAGACAGAGGAAACAGAAGAAGGUGAAAGUGAUGAUAUUGAAAAUUGCAAAACAGCUGAAAAUUUUUUAACUAAAAAUAAUAAAGAAUCAAGUAAUAAGAAACAAAAGUAUGUUAAGAUAAGAGGAUCUAUGAUAGAAAAUUUGUUGAAAGACAUUCAACAAUAG